AUGGCUAGAUUUCGUUCCUUCAUGAUUGCGGACAUAUUGUCAAUGGGCAAGGAGAAAUCAUCAGCAGCUUCAAAGGACGUUUCGAGAGACAGUGUCGCCCGGAGAAUUAGUGUUACCAGCGAUACAUCUAUGCUGUCGGAUUCGCCAUCUGACUGUUCCACAAUCAAAGAUGUGUCAUUUUCGCCAUCAAAAUUCGCCAGCACCCCUAUCAAAGACUCAACGAACUUAACCAAUGGUUUUCCAUAUUCGCCUCAGCGACAAGGGGUGUCGUCAUCGUUACACCAGACGGCACAAUUAAAGGACCGUGUUGUCGUGUCAAAAAAUCUGUUCCCUACCGCACAGGAGAGACUUGCGUUCCCCAAUGUUUACAUCACUCGACCUGUGGCAUUGUAUUCUAGUUCUCAACAUCCUUAUUAUGGCCCUACGACACGUCAAACCGGGGGUGAUGACGUUAGAUGUUCUGGUGGUGGUGUUUACGGGCAGAGAUGGGCAGACGACAGAUGCAAUGUCAUUCGAAGUCACCUCGGUAGAACAGAUUUCAACAAUGCACCCUCACCCGUUAGAUAUGACCCAAGAAACCAAGCAAGAUUCGCCGUGCCAAUUCCACUUCCGGUCUACGUCAGAUCAAAAUCGCCACCUAGUGGGUGUUCAUCGAAACAUAAGAAAUGUCGAAGGAGCAGGACAGUAUUCACAGAACUUCAACUGAUUGGUUUGGAAAAGAAGUUUAAACAUCAUAAAUAUCUUUCGACACCCGACAGGAUUACGUUGGCGGAGACGCUUGGAUUGAGUCAACUUCAGGUCAAGACAUGGUACCAGAACAGACGAAUGAAGUGGAAGAAAGAGGUAUUAGAAGAGGGAGGAACCGAGGCACCAACAAAACCAAAAGGACGUCCGAAGAAAAAUUCAUACCCGGAAAUGACAUCGGGCCAAAGCGAAAGCGAGGACGAAGGACAAAGGGUCACCAAGGAAAGCACGGACGAUGAUUCACUGAUAGAAAUGGAUAGAUGUCAGGACCAUCACCCGCGUUCAUGAGAGAUAAGAGAUUGACGUCUGUAUUAGAGGUAUAGGCCUCAAGAGUGUGAUGCCGCUCUUUGCCAAAUAGAUUCUGAGAGACGGAGUUACUUAGAAAAGUUAGAAAAACGCGCGACCACCAAACGACUGACUGCACUUGAAACAUGAUAGACACCCAGCGACUGGUCUCACUUGACUGCACAAACAACAAGUUUCAUUGACGAGACAGGUCGCAGAGACGCUCUCUUGUAAAGAAAAAAUGAAAAAGAUUCCUCGAGCGGAUUCGAACUCGGAACCCUCGACACCUGAUCCUUGCCGUCUUGCCCACUAUGCCAUGAAGCCCUUGUUGGAGAUGAAGCAGUUUUUCAUUUCACGUACAAGGUUGACAAGCUUUUUGCGCCAUCUGUACCAUUUGUAGUUUGAAAAGACGACAGAAUUGCCUUUCUGGUUGCCAUUUAGUUGAGCAUUUAUAACUACAUGUACACUGUACAUGUAUGUACAUGCAAAUGUGUGUGAUAAUUUCAUUUCACUGCACGAGUAAAAUUGU